AUGUCAUCAGCAAUUCGAGUAGGAAUUAUUGGUGGUUCAGGUUUCGAUCGAAGUGAUAUCUUAUCGAACCGUGUUGAGCAUGAAAACGUCGCAACACCAUAUGGGGAGACAUCGGAUAAUCUAGUUAGUGGAAUUAUCAACGGUGUGCAAUGUGUCUUAUGCUUCCGUCAUGGCCGUCGUCAUUCCUAUAAUCCUACUCGACUGAAUUACCGGGCGAAUAUUUGGGCAUUGAAACAGCUCGGUGUGGAUGUUAUCUUAGCAACGACAGCUGUUGGAUCUUUGUCGCCUGAUUUUGUUCGUGGAGAUCUGGUUGUUUUUGAUAAUUACAUUGAUACAACAAAAUUCCGUAUUAAUACAUUCUAUGACAACGAAACUGGCCACCUUGAAGGUGUCAUGCAUAUGAGCAUGCAUCCUCCGUAUAGUCAGGAUCUUCGUCAAUUGUUGCUCGAAGCAUGUGCUGAAACGCCUGAUGUUUCGUUCAAAAAUAAAUCAACCAUUGUCGUCAUUGAAGGCCCGCAAUUUUCUACUUACGCAGAAAAUAAAGUUUUUAUUAGUUGGGGUUGCACAACUAUUGGCAUGACACAAGCACCUGAAACUGCUCUUGCUAAAGAGUUAGGACUGCCGUAUGCUGCCUUGGGUAUUGUCACUGAUGAUGUCUGUUGGAAAGAAGAUGGUAUUGUCGAUCCUAAUGAAGUUGUGACAAUCUUCAAAGCAACAUUUCCCAAAGCUAUGGAAGUUCUCAAAAGCACAAUAGCUAAGAUUGGACAAAAAGAUUGGACACAAACUUUGGAAACCAUUCGCACUCGUACAGCGGAGGCAGUUAUGAAACAUUAA